AUGCCUCCAAAAAGAAAGACAACAUCAGCAAAAAAGACACAAAAGAAGGUUGAAACAGAAGUGAAAGUAAAGACAACAGUGGAGGCUCCUGAUGCCGAAACAAAGAUUGAACAGACUUCAAUAAAACGCAAGCAUUCAGAGAUUGUGGAAGAAGAGGAAACGGAAGAGCCACAAGAGCAAGAAUCACAAGAGCAAGAAUCACAAGAGCAAGAAUCACAAGAGCAAGAAUUGCAAGAGCAAGAGCCACAAGAGAAGCAAGCAAGGAGUGAGCCUAGUGGCAGCAGAAACAGUGGCAGCAGCUCAUCUCUCUCUGAUCGCAUGGCUAAAUUGAAGGAACUCAAAAGACGCAGAGCAACUGAAGUAGAUCAAGGCAAUCGCCGUGAUCGUAAUCUCGAAUUCCAGCGUAGCAAAGAAAACCCCAAACUUGAAGCCAGAGACGAACGAAAGAAGGCAGAAGCAUUAAAGUUGCUGGAGAAACAGGAGGCAGAGGAUAAAGGAGAGGAUUACGAACGCAAACAGUUCUGGAAAUACUCUGCUGAAUCAGCUGCUGCAUGGGAGAAGAAGAUGGCCAAGAAGGCUAAAAUGGCCAACAAUGGCUUUACAGAUCACUCUCAAGCAGCACACAAGAAAUACAUUCGUUUGAUGUCAGAAUUCAAACCAGAUAUGGGUGCUUACACGGAAAAGAGAAUGUUGGAUAUUGAGCGUGCUAUUCGCAAUGGCGAGGAUCCUUCAGAUAUCUCUGCCAUGGCAAAUUCAUUAGACUAUGCAAGACUUGAUGAUAAGCCAUCAAAGGAGGCUGUGGAUAGAUUAGCAGAAGAAACCAAGAAACAAAUUCAGCAACGCGAAACUAGAUCUCGCGAUCGCAAAGAACAACCUGACGAUAUUUCAUGGAUCAACGAAAAGAAUCGUGUGUUCAACCAAAAGAUUGCAAGAUUCUAUGACAAGUAUACUAAAGAAAUUCGUGAAAAUCUCGAGAGAGGUACAGCUUUGUAA